AUGGCAUCUGAAUACAGGAUACACCGGCCAUAUGUCUUGGCCGCCCUGCCCCGGCCGUUGGACCACACCGACGGCAGAAUAGUCGCUCGAGAAGUGUACGGCCAGAAGGGGAGGAAGCGAACCGAGCUGGCUGUGGGCAUCGACGGAGAGACUGCGAGCGUGUACAAUGUCCCGGCAUCGCGGCUCAUCACGUCGUACCCAAUUCCGCCGCAAGACUCCUUCACCUGCCCUCCGUAUUCAGUCAGAGCCCGACACUCGACCAGCAACGAUAUACUGCGAUGCACCUUUAUAUCCACCAAGAAUGGCUCGUCCCGCAAAAUGACGCUCUUCAAAGACGUUGUGCAUCCCGAUGGCAAGACAACUUCGACGACUUCGACCCAAACGCUGCCAGCCUCGCCCGUCAGAUACAUUGCUGGCUCCCCGACGCCAGCUCAGUCUUCACCGAUUGGGGACGUCGUCGCCGUCUGCGAAAGUGGAGAGCUCGUCUACCUCUCUGGCGAAUCCCUCUCGGUUCAGUGGUCAGCCUCGUCCAAGUCGGCCGUCCAGGAUGUCGUUGCUGGGGCUAUUGACCACUUCGAGGUCGAGUAUGUGUCGUCGACAAGCCUGGCCGAACUCAGGGACGGCAUGUUCAAGAACCGACUUGAAGUUUUCAGCGCCCUACCCAAGGGCCUCGAGCCUACGCUAUUCGUCAUGGUAACCAAGAGCAUGAGCCAGGAACGAAUGACCCGCCAUUUGGUAGUGCUUGCUGCGAUGCCUGGGAAUUCCUCCAACUCUGCAGGCUUGCAAAAGUUGAUUCCGCUCGACGUCACCCCUAUUGGGACAUCUGGCGGUGGUGACGAGCAGACGACAUAUCAGGUUGACAUCCAGUCAGGCCUGCUCCUGGAACUCUUCCCAGGCUCUGCCAGCAUUUACGAUCUCGGCGGUGCCGUGCCGAAACAAAAGUCGGCAAUCCAGGUGGAAGGUGCCGAGUCAUUUCUUCGCCUCUCGAGGCCGUUUCUCUUGUCAACUUCCUUGGACUCGUUGAGCCUCUUCAACUACCAGCACCGCUCUAUUCACGCAAAAGCCGCUUUAGACCUAUCUGAACUACCGUUGGAGAGCCAAUCGCCUCGAACUUGUCAGCUCCUCACUUACCUACGCAGUCAAGACCUCGUCGUUGCUCUUGUCGACAAUGUUCUUGUUUCGAUACAAAUCGAGCCGCCUAAAGCGCACGGCAAGCGGCGGAGAGCAGGGCUCUUGAUUGAUUCCAUAGGCCGCGGUUCCUCCAUGGAAAUGUGCCCCAAAAAGCUGAGAUCGGAAGCUCCGUCUAUGGAGUUUUCUUCCUAUGUUCCGGGAACCAUGACGGAGACUUAUCUGGCCAAACACAACGAAGAGGUACAGGCUGCAGACGAACUGCUCGGCAACAAUGAGUUGGCGAAGUGGGAAGAUGUUCUGCGACAAAAGUUCAACAUGGGCUUCCGUCAGGAAGCCGAACAGAAGAGCGGCGCGACCGGCGACGAAGCCGUGGCCGAUUUACAAGAAUCUGCGGAGUGGGAGUGGAUGACGGAGAGCUCGUAUCCUCCAGUCGACCGUCGCUGGACAAUGUACGCCAUCAGCCAAGUCUUUUCGGUGGAGACAUCCCUGGACGAGCCGCGGCCCAAACUCCGCCUGGUUCUGGCCGACAGCAACGUCACGACAUACCUCGUCGUUGCCGGACAUCUCACCCUUUCCAAUCUGAUGAUGGCUUUCCGGGCGGACUUGAGCAACGAGCCUGCGGAAUGCAGGUCACUGGCUAGCAGUCUGAUUGAUUGCAUCAUCGAGGCGGACGCGUCCAUGACCUUGCUUCUCAACUACCUGCAAGCCACGAAACUGGGCGAGGUGGAACUAUUACUUGCCAUUCGAAUACUGAUGCUCAGCAUGGAUCUGAUCUCGGGUACCAAGGACAAGACGCUGGACACCACCAGGCUGCUGACAAACGAGCCGCAUGACGGAAACGACAAAUACGAGAUGGAUCUCGACGACCUGGAACGAGAGAUUGCCGUCACCGAGCACUACCUCGGGGACGAGUCGAGCAGCCGAUCACGGGGCCUGACACUGGCAUUCACCAAGCUCUGGCGACUGCCUGCCGUAUCAACCGUCAGGGCGCUCCGAGCAACGAUACAGACGGAAGAGAUCUUGGCAUUCAUCUACCUGCUACGGAUCGAGCUGGUCCGAGGCGCCUGGACGUCCCUCUAUAUCGACCCGACCAGGUUCGAAUCGGAGGGCAACGAGCCCCCACCUGACGGAGUCAUUACCCUCAUCGCUGAUCUGCUGGGGCGAUGCUUGGAUGCCAUUGGUGCCGGCGGAUGGCUCUUUAACGACGCCAUGUCCUGGGCCGACAAGACGGAGGCAGGCGAUUUCCUGACGGCUCUGAAGCUCGAGGUGACUGCGGCUUUGGAGGGGAUCGAGGAGGCUGUGUAUCUCAACGGCGUCGUGGGUGAAGCCGUCCGGUUCGGCAUCACGGCCGGCAAGAGAUGGGCCUCACGGCAGACAUGGAACAGCAGCAAGCCCAUCUCGGUUCACCUCGAGGCGCGAGAGUCUCGAAUGCUGCCACUCGGCCUGAAAACGAAGCAAUUGCCUACGAUGGACAAGGUGGUGUCGGGUGGUGAGGUUGUGCAACGGAGCAUGCGGGAGACGGGGCAUUUGAUCAGUCGGAACGUGGAGGCAUAUUCGUUGGAGAAGAUUGCCGUUUGA